AUUAAAACCGAACAACCACAACUCAUGAUUGCCUUUACAUGCAAAGUCUGUGACACCCGGUCGUCGCAUACGUUUUCGAAGCAGCUGUACACUAAGGGAUCUGUCCUCAUACAGUGCCCGGGAUGCAAAAACAGACAUUUGAUUGCAGAUAACCUUAAGGUUUUCCGUGACGAGAAGGUGAACUUGGAAGAUCUUCUCCGGGCCAAGGGCGAGUCUGUAGCGCAGUCCACAGAUGAUUUGGCAUUUGAGGAUAUUCCUGAAUCUCUUCGACAAACCUUGGGUCGCUACGCCAAUGACGCCCCUGAAGAAUACCGGCCCAAG